GAAAUUGGUAAUUGCCCUGAAGAAUCAGUGGUUAGUCCCUUUGAUUUGAUUUCCUCAAAAUCACAUUUUAAUUUUGCUACUUCAGUUUUAAGUUUAGCAUUCUCAGAAGCAUUACUUGCAUUAUUUGCAAAAAUUCAUUUAGCAAAAAAAACAGCAACAGGCAUAUUAUGCAAGCAUCUUGACACACAACAUCCAGGAUGGAGUACAAUUGAGAUUUUUGCACUUACACAAACGGUUUCAAUACAAAGUUUGACAGUUAACCAAAAGGCACGGUUUAAUAUUUUAUUGGCCGAAUGGAUUGUUUCGGACACCUUACCUUUUUUAAUAGUUGGAAGCAAAGCAUUAAUCACUUUGUUAAAAUUUUUUAAUGCCACUCUUGAAUUACUUUCACGUGAAACUAUCAAGUCGAUCGUAUAUAAUUCUUUUAUUUCAAUGAGAGGUGAUGUUCAAACUCUCUUUGAACAAAUUUCUGGCCAGAUUUCAAUAACAUUAGACCUUUGGACUUCCCGUGCAAAUAUGCCCUUUCUUGCAACAGUUAUGAGGCAUCAUAGUAAUCUUGCCUAUUAUAGGCUUAGUCAAGAAGAAGAUUCUGAUCUUCAAGCUGUAACCUGGUUUUUACAACCGUUUUAUGAAAUUACAAAUAUACUUUCUGGUAGUACAUAUGUAACAUUGGGCCUUUCUGCUUUAUUAAUAGAUGAUAUAAUUGAUGUUAUUUCAUUAUAUAUUCAAAAUUCAUCAAGUUCCUAA